UGCGGCGGCGGCGGCGGCAGCGCCUCUCCGAGCCCGGAGCGGCGGCAGCGCGGAGCGGACCCGCCUGCGACCAGCGAGGCGAGGCGGCGCGGCUGCAGCGGGUUUUAAAACCGUGAAAUCAUGGCUCAUUCAAAGACAAGAGCCAAUGAUGGAAAAAUCACAUAUCCUCCUGGAGUCAAAGAAAUCUCUGAUAAAAUAUCUAAAGAAGAGAUGGUGAGAAGACUAAAGAUGGUUGUGAAAACUUUCAUGGAUAUGGACCAGGACUCUGAAGAAGAAAAGGAGCUCUACCUAAAUCUUGCUUUACAUCUUGCUUCAGAUUUUUUCCUCAAACAUCCUGAUAAGGAUGUACGUUUGUUGGUAGCAUGUUGUCUUGCCGAUAUUUUCAGAAUUUAUGCCCCUGAAGCUCCAUACACUUCACCGGAUAAACUGAAGGAUAUAUUUAUGUUCAUAACAAGGCAACUUAAAGGUUUAGAAGAUACAAAAAGCCCCCAGUUUAAUCGAUACUUUUAUUUGCUUGAGAACAUUGCUUGGGUUAAAUCUUAUAACAUAUGCUUUGAAUUAGAAGACAGCAAUGAGAUUUUUACACAGCUGUAUAGAACGCUGUUUUCAGUAAUAAACAAUGGUCAUAACCAAAAAGUACACAUGCACAUGGUUGAUCUAAUGAGCUCUAUCAUUUGUGAGGGAGAUACUGUGUCGCAGGAGCUCUUGGAUACAGUGUUAGUUAAUCUAGUGCCAGCACAUAAGAAUUUGAACAAGCAAGCCUAUGAUUUGGCAAAGGCUUUACUAAAGAGGACAGCACAAGCAAUUGAACCGUACAUUACUAAUUUCUUCAAUCAAGUCCUUAUGCUUGGUAAAACAUCAAUUAGUGACCUGUCGGAGCAUGUAUUUGAUUUGAUUCUGGAGUUAUACAAUAUUGACAGUCACCUCUUGCUUUCUGUACUACCACAGCUCGAAUUCAAACUUAAGAGCAAUGACAAUGAAGAACGUCUGCAGGUUGUAAAACUUCUCGCAAAAAUGUUUGGGGCGAAAGAUUCGGAGUUGGCAUCUCAAAACAAACCACUUUGGCAGUGCUACCUGGGGAGGUUUAAUGAUAUCCAUGUACCUAUUCGCCUUGAGUGUGUCAAAUUUGCAAGUCACUGCCUUAUGAACCACCCCGAUCUGGCAAAGGACUUAACAGAAUAUCUGAAAGUAAGGUCACAUGAUCCUGAGGAAGCCAUACGGCAUGAUGUUAUCGUAUCCAUAGUUACUGCUGCUAAAAAAGAUCUUUUGCUUGUCAAUGAUCACCUGCUAAAUUUUGUCCGAGAAAGGACACUGGACAAGCGGUGGAGAGUGAGGAAGGAAGCUAUGAUGGGACUUGCACAGAUAUACAAGAAAUAUUCAUUGCAAUCAGAAGCAGGAAAAGAAGCUGCAAAACAGAUAUCAUGGAUCAAAGAUAAACUUCUGCAUAUAUAUUAUCAAAACAGUAUUGAUGACCGUUUACUUGUUGAACGCAUUUUUGCUCAGUACAUGGUCCCUCAUAACUUGGAAACAAACGAACGAAUGAAGUGUUUGUAUUACCUUUACGCAACGCUGGAUUCAAAUGCUGUGAAAGCAUUGAAUGAAAUGUGGAAAUGUCAAAAUCUCCUACGACAUCAAGUAAAGGAUUUAGUUGACCUAAUAAAGCAACCCAAAACAGAUGCCAGCAGUAAAGCUAUAUUCUCAAAAGUGAUGGUUAUAACAAGAAACCUUCCUGAUCCAGGGAAAGCUCAAGAUUUCAUGAAAAAGUUCACACAAGUUCUAGAAGAUGAUGAAAAAAUAAGAAGUCAGUUAGAAAUGCUUGUUAGCCCAACAUGUUCUUGCAAGCAGGCUGAAGGAUGUGUGAGGGAAAUAACAAAGAAGUUGGGCAAUCCAAAACAACCAACAAAUCCUUUCCUGGAAAUGAUAAAGUUUCUUCUUGAGAGAAUUGCUCCUGUGCACAUUGAUACCGAAUCCAUCAGUGCCCUUAUCAAGCAAGUGAACAAGUCUAUAGAUGGAACAGCUGAUGAUGAAGAUGAGGGUGUACCUACUGACCAGGCAAUCAGAGCAGGUCUUGAAUUGCUGAAGGUACUUUCGUUUACGCACCCUAUCUCAUUUCAUUCAGCGGAAACUUUUGAAUCUCUCCUGGCUUGCUUGAAAAUGGAUGAUGAAAAAGUGGCAGAAGCUGCAUUACAAAUUUUCAAAAAUACAGGAAGUAAAAUUGAAGAAGACUUUCCUCACAUACGAUCUGCUUUGCUUCCAGUAUUGCAUCAUAAAGCUAAAAAGGGACCCCCUCGUCAAGCCAAGUAUGCUAUUCACUGCAUCCAUGCAAUAUUUUCCAGCAAAGAAACACAGUUUGCACAGAUAUUUGAGCCGCUGCAUAAAAGUCUGGAUCCAAGCAAUUUUGAGCACCUCAUUACACCAUUGGUUACUAUUGGCCAUAUAGCCAUGCUUGCACCUGACCAAUUUGCCGCCCCCUUGAAAUCUUUGGUUGCUACUUUUAUUGUCAAAGAUUUGCUAAUGAAUGAUAGGCUUCCAGGAAAGAAGACAACAAAACUUUGGGUCCCAGAUGAAGAAGUGUCUCCUGAAACCCUUGUUAAAAUUCAGGCCAUCAAGAUGAUGGUUCGAUGGUUGCUAGGAAUGAAGAACAACCACAGCAAGUCAGGUACUUCUACUCUGAGAUUGUUAACAACAAUAUUACACAGUGAUGGAGAUUUAACAGAGCAGGGGAAAAUAAGUAAACCUGACAUGUCUCGCUUGAGGCUGGCUGCAGGGAAUGCUAUUGUGAAGUUGGCACAAGAACCUUGUUACCACGAAAUCAUCACCUUAGAACAAUACCAGCUGUGUGCACUAGCCAUAAAUGAUGAAUGUUACCAAGUGAGACAAAUAUUUGCUCAGAAACUUCACAAAGGCCUUUCUAGACUACGGCUGCCACUAGAAUAUAUGGCUAUUUGUGCACUGUGUGCAAAAGAUCCCGUGAAAGAGAGAAGAGCUCAUGCUAGACAGUGCCUUGUGAAGAACAUAAAUGUCAGAAGGGAAUAUCUGAAGCAACAUGCAGCAGUUAGUGAGAAACUGUUGUCACUUCUACCAGAGUAUGUUGUUCCUUAUACUAUCCAUCUUCUAGCUCAUGACCCAGAUUAUGUCAAAGUCCAGGACAUUGAACAACUCAAGGACAUUAAAGAGUGCCUGUGGUUCAUACUGGAAAUAUUAAUGGCUAAAAAUGAAAACAACAGUCAUGCCUUUAUCAGAAAAAUGGUAGAAAAUAUCAAACAGACUAAGGAUGCUCAAGGACCAGAUGAUCAAAAAAUGAAUGAAAAACUAUAUACAGUCUGUGAUGUAGCAAUGAAUAUCAUUAUGUCAAAGAGUACAACAUACAGUUUGGAAUCCCCUAAAGACCCUGUACUUCCAGCCAGAUAUUUUACUCAACCUGACAAGAAUUUCAGUAACACCAAAAAUUAUCUUCCUCCGGAAAUGAAGUCUUUUUUCACCCCUGGAAAGCCCAAAGCAGCCAAUGUUCUUGGAGCAGUUAAUAAGCCUCUUUCGUCAGCAGGCAAGCAGUCUCAAUCCAAAUCUUCACGAAUGGAAACUGUAAGCAAUGCCAGCAGCAGUUCAAAUCCAAGCUCUCCAGGAAGGAUCAAAGGGAGGCUUGACAGUACUGAAAUGGACCACAGUGAAAAUGAAGAAUUCACACUGGCUUCACCCUUACCAGGAAAGAAGACUGACAAAAGGGACGACUCUGAUCUUGUAAGGUCAGAGAUAGAGAAGCCUAGAGGAAGGAAGAAAGCUACUAUCACAGAUUCAGAAGAGAAGCUAAGCCUAGAUGACCUGAAUAAACUGGGUCAAGAGCAGAAGCUUAGAGGUAGUCAACGGGGAAGGAAGAGACCUGCAGUGGUAUCAGAAGCUGAUGAAACACAAUGGCAAGAGGAAAAAAGGCUAAAAGAAGAUGUGAUAGAAAGUGAGGAUGAGCAGAACAGUCCACCAAAGAAAGGGAGAAGAGGGCGCCCUACCAGAACAAAUAAUGGGGCAACACCAAAGGAAGAACCAGUGGCAAAGUCAUCAAAAAGGAGCAAAAAAAAACAACCACCAGCAGCUGCAGUGGAAGAGGAGGAGGAGGAGGAAGAAAGGCAAACUGAAAACAUUGAACAAAAACCAAAAGGCAGGCAAAAUAGGACAUCAAAAAGAACACAGCAGAGAGCAGAACCAUCUGAAACUAGUACAGUUGAAUCAGCACAGUCUACGCCACAGAAAAGACGAGGAAGGUCAUCACAAACACCACCAGCACAGCAAAAAAAAGUCCGUGCGGGGCGUUCUAAACAAGCAGCCAGUAAAGAGAAUGAAUCCAGUGAAGAGAUGGACAUGUUUCAGAGUGGUUCACCUGUCAGUGAUGAUAUUCCCCAGGAAGAAGUAAUGGAAGAAGAGGAAGUUUCCACAAUCAAUGUCCGUCGUAGAACUUCCAAAAGGGAAAGACGAUGAGUGAGCAUGUAGUUACCAGCCUUCCAGGUGAAAGCUUUGAAGAAUGCUUUUAAUAUAAAGCUUGAGACUGAAUGAAGCUGUUAGUGCACAAAUGGGGUUGCUGAAGAAACGACAAACCUAUUUUACUGCCCCUGCAUUUGCAGUCCCUAGGUCACAAGCUUUAGCCACACACAUGUUGAUAUCAUUAACUGUGGAUUUUUGUGAAGUGUAAUGUGCGCUGGCUUUGUAGACAUAUGAACUAAAGAAGAAAACUGUAAAUAGUUCUUUUUUUAAUGUUUCUGACUUAUAAAGUGCUUGUAUAGCUUUUAUCUGCGGCUUUAAACUGACAGUACCCCACUGUUUAUUGGAUCGAUUGAUUUAAAAAAAGAACAGAGUUUGUUGAAAAUUGAUCUCAAGCAAUAUCUGUCAGUGUUCGUAUUUGUACUCUUGUUGACAUUUAACUGUGAAAAACAAGUCAGUUGAACAAAUAGUGCCACAUUCUUUUGCCACUAUUUGUCGAGGAGAAGAAGAAGAAGAAAAAAAAGUUGUUGUUUCCUUCAUGAAUAUAACCUAGUGUUUACCUUCAGGCACCUCCCUAUCAUCAGAGGUGCUAAAUUACUUUCUUUUACAGUUGAACAAUAUUGGAUAGAAUAAUACAAGAAAUGCAACUUUCGAAAGAAGUUUUGUUUUACACCUCAGUAUUGAUGCCAGACUUUUCUGGACUUGUAGUGGCAUUGAAAAUUCAAAAAGGAUUUAAAAUAUUUUAAUUUUAAAAGUGUGUUAUUAAAUAAUGUACUGAAUACCCGACCCAUUUUAUCUUCCCCUAUCAGUUUUUAUUAAUCUACUGUAUCAAUAAAAUUCUGUAACUGAGUUUUUAAUAGUCUAGUAUGUUAAUGUGUAUAGAUAUUUCCUUCUGAACAUGAUGUUCACAAAGAGCAAAUUAUUACUACAUUAUAAUAUGAAAUCUGAUAUAUAAACAUUAGUGAAAAUACAGUUCUUAUUACAAUGUAAAGUUAAUCACAAAGAGAAAUUUUAUUGAUGCAGUGUGUCUUUAUAAAGCUGUUCUUGAGAGCCAAGUGUUUUGUAUUUUAUAGUGAAGUUGCAUGUUCAUGAAAAAUGUGCUGAAAAUGGGAUGUAAUGUUUUUUUUGAAACUCGUAUCUAGCAGUAGUAUAUGGUAGGUUGCCUCAUGAGAGAUCCUUUUAUUGAGAGUUUAUUGUACCUUUCUGUUUUGUUUUUGUUUUUUGAGCCAAAUUUUUUUGGUAUGAAGAGCUAAGUUUUUUGUUGGAUAACCAGCUGUCAAUUAUUACCGUCAAGGUAUUCAAGAUUUGAAUGAAGCUUCAUUUUUAUUCUGUGCUACAGUAGAGAGAGGUUGGUUUGUGGUGUUGUUUUUUUUUUUUUUUUUGUGGUUUUGGUUUUUUUUGGGUUUUUUUUUUUGGUUUUUUUUUUUUUUUUUUUUUUUUUUUUUUGUUUUGGGAUUUUUUGUUUUGUUUUUUUUUUAGUUAUAAUCUGAAAAAAAAAAAAAAAACAACAAAAGAAACAAAAUACAUAGAGCAGUAACCUGUAUACAGUUUAACAGUUUACAAACUGUCUUUGAACCAAAAUAUAUAAAUUACUAUACUCUGCUUAGCCAAGCACACAUCAUAAUUUCAGGUGCUGUUCUCCCUCUGGUUCCUUACAGUUGACAACACAUGAAAAAUAAAUUUCUAACCUAAGAAAAUUUUAUUUCAUUGAAUAAUGGAACAUUUUCACAUAAUCCAUCAAUAAAUUAUUGUUGCAAGGUUGCCUGUAAAGAUUAUAGGAAAGGAUAAUACUAAACCACAAAUUCACCAAUUUCCAAACUGUAAGAUCACUAAUAAAACAAGCAACCCUUAGAAUUUUUUCAUUAUUCAUUUUUUUUUUGGUACCACUAGGAAAAAGUAUUAUAAACAAGUAGAUUAUUCUGCCUCAUCUUAACUUUCGCCCUCUUCCAGUGUUCAGCUUUUCAACAUUUAUACCUAUAGAUACGGGGGAAAUGCUGACUAGAAAGGCAGUUAUGGUUGAUGUGAAUUGACUUUGAAAUAGUUGGCACAACGGAACUGGCUUACUUAUGCUUCAGCAGUGCAAAUGCAAGUUGUUGAGGGUUUUUUAUGGUAUAAAAUGAUUGAAAGCUAGCUUUGUAUUUUCCUCUUUGACAGAAUUGCACUGAAAACAUUUAUGGAAGAUGUACCUUUAAGUCAAUUUUAUACAAAAAUAUGAAAAAGUUAUGCUGAAACUGCUGCAGACUCUUGAGGCUUUAUGUGCAUAAACAUGGUUAGGUUAAACUUCGUGGAAUAUUGAUGCACCAUUACUGAUCAUAAUGUUUAUUGUAAAUUUAAACUAUAGUUUUGCAAUUUAAAUGUUGAUUUCUUGGGUAAUAAUGCGUAAAUCAUUAUUUCUUGAGAAAUAGGCACAGCAAAUAUGUCAUUCGUAUAUUCAAACCUCUUCUAAGUUCAUUCUCAUCUCAUAUAAAGAAAAUGAAUAUUUUAUGUACUAACAUUUUGAAAUCUGCGUACAGUAGCUACAGUAGAUUAUAAUUAUGUAUAAAAGAUAAAUUGCUAACAUUCAGUUAGCAUAUUCUUCUGCAAUGAUAAUGUUAAGUUUAUAAAAAUGUACUGUAUUACAUUAAAAGAUCAAAUUGAACUCA